AUGUAUCACCGCCCGUACCCAACGGUCCGCCAAGGCUCGUCGUCGGGCAGUGUGCCGACUGUGAGCCAGACCCAUACGCCUUCGCCAAGACCGACACCUCUUUUACCUCCUUCCCCUCCUACCUACUCCUCUUCGCUCAAAGGCAUGUCUCCUUCAAGCCCAAUCUUGCAAGAGUCGCCUAGUGGCCCCACAAUUUUUGGCAUGCCUCUAAAAUAUGUCUCUUUGGUGACGCUGGCGGUUCAAAACGCUGCAUUGUCAAUUGUAAUGCACUACUCCCGAGUCUCGACACCCCCGUCGCGCUCCUACUCUCCGGCCGCGGCGGUUCUCCUGAACGAAGUACUGAAAGGAUCAAUAUCCUUCGUAAUCGCCCUCUGGCGCGUAUACUCUAAUCCCUCGUAUUCUUAUCCCCCAACGCCAGCCUCGUUCGGGACACCUAACCCUUCACGACAACGGUCCUCGCAGUUGAUUCCCCAAAUUCUUUACCCUUUCUUCCAUGUUUGUAGCGAGGUCUUCAGUCCAGAUUGCUGGAAACUUUCCAUUCCAGCAAUUUUGUACGUCAUUCAGAACUCCUUGCAGUUCGUCGCCAUUAGCAAUCUCCCGGUCGCCACCUUCCAGGUCACCUACCAAAUGAAAAUCCUCACUACAGCCGCGUUCUCGGUCGCACUCCUCCGGAAGCGACUUGGCCCGACGAAAUGGUUAUCGCUUUUCUUCCUGGCCAUGGGUGUAGGGAUCGUUCAGCUUCAAACGGCAACAGGACCUUCAAAACCGAACCACGUCGGGAGCGCGCACGACUCGGCCCCAUUACACAUACAUAUCAUGAACCCUUUGAAAGGUUUCGCCGCUGUCACUGCCGCGUGCUUCACAUCUGGCCUUGCUGGUGUCUACUUCGAAAUGGUUUUGAAAGGGUCAAAGGCCGACCUUUGGGUACGCAACGUACAGUUGUCAUUAUUCUCCCUCAUCCCUGCCCUCCUCCCCAUCUUCUAUUCGAACUAUUCCCACUCGCACGUUCCUGGUUCACCGCACGAGAUACCAACGUCGUUCCUUCAGGAACUGUUCAAGCACUUUGGACCCUGGGCAUGGGCUACCGUCUCUGUUCAGGUUUUCGGCGGCCUUGUCACGGCUAUUGUUAUCAAGUACUCGGACAAUAUCCUCAAAGGCUUCGCCACGUCCCUAUCCAUCGUCCUCUCCUUCCUCGCUUCCGUCGCGUUAUUCGACUUCAGCAUCUCUCCUGGCUUCGUGAUCGGCUCGUCCACCGUGCUCAUCGCGACUUGGAUGUACAACCAGCCCGGCGACGACUCAAAGUCCAUCACUGUUAGCGCCAGCAGCAUCACGAAGGGCUUGACACGUGUGGUUUCAUCCGCAAGCCUCAGAGGCGGCAAAGUACCAUCUCCAUUCCCGGGGUCUCCUUUAGACAUUAAGGAUCCCAUCUUGGGCGAGCUUCCGGGUAUUUCGCGCAAGAAAAGUUCUCCGUUUGGCAGCCCGCGUGCCAUGGCUAGUGCUUUAGGGUUAGGAUUGGGUAUGGGAGGACAGAUGACUGGAAAUGGGCAUCCAGAGAUGGAGAUGUCGAAUGGGAUGCUGGAAACGCCAAGAUAUAUGGAGGCACCGUAUGGGUCUCCAUACAACUCGAGACCUCCCUCUCGGGCACCGUCCCCGUUGCCACCAAGUCCACUAGGCUCUGACGCGUAA